GUCAUUGAACUCCGGACUCAUCCGCCCUUCCUCAUCGCCGGCCGGCGCGGGGUUCUUCUUCGUACAGAAGAAGGACGGCUCCCUGCGUCCUUGUAUCGACUAUCGAGGGAUCUCGGGUCUUCACUAAGCUAGACCUCCGCAACGCCUACCAUCUGGUGCGCAUUUGCGAGGGGGAUGAGUGGAAGAUGGCUUUCAACACACCAUCGGGACAUUACGAGUACUUGGUUCUUCCCUUUGGGCUGACCAAUGCUCCCGCCGUCUUCCAGGGCCUCGUUAACGACGUGCUGGGCGACAUGAUUAAUCGCUUUGUCUUUGUGUACCUGGAUGACAUUUUGAUUUUUUCCCAGUCUCUCCAGGAACAUACCCGACAUGUCAGGAGGGUCCUCCAACGUCUAUUGGAGAAUCAACUAUUCGUUAAGGCGGAGAAGUGCGAAUUCCACUCCGAUACGGUUUCGUUCCUUGGUCACGUGGUCUCACCCCGGGGCAUAGAACCGGACGUCGCUAAGAUCAAGGCUGUCGCCAUGUGGGCAGUUCCCGACUCUCGUAAAGCACUGCAGCGGUUCCUGGGGUUCGCCAACUUUUACAGGCGAUUCAUCCGGGGCUUUGGCCAAGUGGCCGCACCGCUCACCGCGUUGACCUCCACCAAGGGGGGACCUCGGGUCCCUGGCAUGGGGAAUCGAGAGGCGGGUAGAGGAGGCCGGUCGCUGGGUGCAAAUACCAGGGAAGUGUCCGGCGGGUCGUCUUUUUGUUCCCGUCUCGCUGCGUCCGAAGGUUCUCCAGUGGUGUCAUUCGUCCAGGCUGGUCGGCCAUCCAGGAAUCAAGGGAACCCUGGCUUCUGUGGGUCAGCGGUUUUGGUGGCCGUCGGUCUCCAACAAUGUCAGACAGAUUGUGUUGGCUUACCCUGUCUGUGCGCAAAGCAAGACCGCCCGCCAUCCUCCCACGGGUCUGCUUCGUCCCCUUCCCACCCCUUCCCGGCCAUGGUCCCACAUCGCCCUGGAUUUUGUGACUGGCCUUCCCCUGUCGAGUGGACACACUGUAAUUCUCACAGUGGUGGACCGAUUCUCCAAGGCGGCCCAUUUCAUCCCUCUUCCCAAGCUCCCAUCCGCCCGAGAGAUGUCUCAACUGAUGGUGGACCACGUCUUCCGCCUACAUGGCCUUCCGGUGGACGUCGUGUCCGAUAGGGGUCCUCAGUUCAUCUCCCGGUUUUGGAAAGAAUUCUGUCGUCAGAUCGGGGCCUCAGCGAGUCUGUCGUCAGGUUACCACCCUCAGACUAAUGGGCAAUGCGAG